AUGAGGCCCCCGCUCCCUUUCCCUCUCCCUCUCCAUGCGAUCGCCAUGCUCCUGCUUGUGGGUGUUGCUGUCGCGGAGGCCUUUGGACAUGUGGUUUAUGACCACGGCUCCACCUGUGUAGGUUACAAUGCACUGCCUGCAUGCUUUGGACCGCCCCUCCCGAGUGAAGGGCUGAUGGGAUACUUGAUCGAGGCCAUGCCUGCAAACGCCUGUGAUCCUAUAGAAGGCCCGCCGGCAUCCUCCAACUCCUCUGAGGCUUUCAUCGCACUCAUCCGUCGGUCUGACUGCCCCUUUGGCGUUAAGGUCCUUCAUGCACAGCAAGCCGGGUACCAAGCCGCCAUCGUGCACAACGUGAAUGCAGAGCAUCUGGUGAACAUGGUAACCGACGACAAAGAAAUCAGGCAGCAGAUUGCGAUCCAGUCUGUCUUUACAGGGGAAUCGGCCUACAGGCAUCUGAAAAGGGCUUCACAUUACGAAAAAGGGGCUUAUGUCACCCUGGUGGCACCCAAACAUCCUCAUAACCCUUGCCAGGAUGCUGCUACGCCUUCCAUGUGGGCUACUCUUAAGCGGCACUGGCCUCGCAUGCUGAAAUAUUCCGCAUACCACGUCAUUCCUUAUGUCCUCCAGGAGUUUGGGUUCAUGAUCAACGUGAUCAUUUGCACCAUCCCGCUUGUGGUCUACGCACGAUGGUGCGCAAAAGGCCGGAAGAUAACCCUGUGCACCUUCAAAAGAGGAGACCGAUACGAAACGUGUGUGAUCUGCAUGGCCGAGUAUGAAGAAGGAGACCAGCUGAAGAUCCUCCCUUGUUCUCACGCCUAUCACUGCGCGUGUAUCGACACCUGGCUUCACACCCAGCCCAGGAAUAAAACCUGCCCCUUUUGCAAACAGCAGGUGACAGCUGAAGCUCAGGAUAUCAGUCUGCACGGAGGGAGGAACCCACAGGAGCAAGAUGGGGGAGAGGAGGACCACGCGGAGGAUGGGGAAGAUGAAGAUGGUCAUGACAAUGAGUAUAUUGAGGGAGAGGAAGAAGACGACCAAAGUGUGGACACUGAGGAAGGGAAGAGCGAUUUGUUCAUUUUGGAGAGCCUCUGA